AUGUAUUAUAAAACAAGAGGUGAUGUAGAGCUUCACUUGUUACAAAACGGUUUCACUCCUAAUUACACAACUUGGUGGGCACAUGGUGAAAGAAAUACGAUAUCUCAGCAUGAGGAAGAAUCUUCUAAUCCGAUGCAGGAUCCGAUGGAAGAUGAUGAUGAUGAUGAUGUUAAUGGGUGUACACAAAUGUUGAUGGAUAUAAUGGAGGAACUCCCGAAUCCAACUGCCAAGGGGUUCUAUGAUAUGUUGGAAGACGCUGAUGAACCUUUGUGGGAUGGAUGUGAAAAUUAUUCAAAAUUACAAGCUGCAACAGAGUUGUUGCAUUGGAAGUCAGAAUACAAUAUAUCUGAGGCUGCCUAUGAUCACAUACUUCCUAUAAUUAAGCGGAUGCUACCCAAAGGAGGCUUAUGA